GCGGGCGCGGGGACCAUGGAGCCGCCGUCGCCGGCCGCCCCCCCGGGCCGGGGCCGCAAGAAGCGGGAGCCCGAGCCGCCCCCGAUUCCUCUUUUUGGAGCCAAGUCUUUGGGCAGAAGAAGCCCAGAUGGGCCUGCGCUGAGCAAAGCUGAAUUUGUUGAGAAAGUUCGUCAGAGCAACCAAGCCUGUCAUGAUGGAGAUUUCAACACAGCCAUUGUUCUGUAUAAUGAGGCACUCGCAGUGGACCCCCAGAACUGUAUCCUGUAUAGUAAUCGGUCUGCAGCUUACCUGAAAAUCCAGGAGUAUCAUAAGGCCCUGGACGAUGCGAUCAAAGCCCGACUCCUGAAUCCCAAAUGGCCAAAGGCAUACUUCCGACAGGGUGUUGCCCUCCAGUAUCUUGGACGCCAUGCAGAUGCUCUGGCAGCCUUUGCAUCAGGCUUGGCCCAGGAUCCCAAGAGUCUGCAGCUUUUGGUUGGGAUGGUGGAAGCCGCCAUGAAAUCUCCCAUGCGAGAGUCUCUGGAGCCCACAUACCAGCAACUUCAGAAGAUGAAACUGGACAAGAGCCCUUUUGUGGUGGUGUCUGUGGUUGGCCAGGAGCUGCUGACAGCCGGCCAUCACGGUGCCUCUGUGGUGGUCUUGGAGGCCGCACUGAAGAUCGGCACCUGCAGCCUGAAGCUCAGGGGUUCAGUUUUCUCUGCCUUGAGCAGCGCCUACUGGUCCCUGGGAAACACAGAGAAAAGCACCGGCUAUAUGCAACAGGACCUGGAUGUAGCCAAGACCUUAGGUGACCAGACGGGGGAAUGCCGAGCUCAUGGGAAUCUGGGCUCCGCAUUCUUCUCCAAAGGAAAUUACCGAGAGGCUCUCACGAAUCACAGACAUCAGCUGGUGCUGGCCAUGAAGCUCAAGGACCGUGAGGCCGCCUCUUCAGCCCUGAGCAGCCUGGGUCAUGUCUACACGGCCAUCGGAGACUACCCCAACGCCUUGGCUAGCCACAAGCAGUGCGUUCUUUUGGCCAAGCAGUCCAAAGAUGAACUUUCUGAAGCCAGAGAGCUGGGCAACAUGGGAGCUGUGUACAUCGCCAUGGGGGACUUUGAGAAUGCCGUGCAGUGUCACGAGCGGCACCUGAAAAUAGCCAAGGACCUGGGCAACAAGCGGGAGGAGGCCCGUGCCUACAGCAACCUGGGCAGCGCCUACCACUACCGGAGGAACUUCGACAAGGCCAUGUCCUACCAUAACUACGUGCUGGAGCUGGCCCAGGAGCUCUUGGAGAAGGCCAUCGAGAUGCGCGCCUAUGCUGGCUUGGGGCAUGCAGCCAGAUGCAUGCAAGACCUGGAGAGGGCCAAGCAGUACCAUGAACAGCAGCUGGACAUUGCUGAGAACCUCAAGGACCGGGCCGCUGAAGGGCGGGCUUCCUCCAAUCUGGGCAUAAUCCACCAGAUGAAAGGCGACUAUGACACGGCCCUGAAGCUCCACAAAACGCACCUGUCCAUUGCCCAGGAGCUAAAUGACUACGCCGCCCAGGGCCGGGCCUACGGCAACAUGGGCAACGCCUACAACGCCCUGGGCCUGUACGACCAGGCCGUCAAAUACCACCGGCAGGAGCUGCAGAUCUCCAUGGAGGUGAAUGACCGAGCCUCCCAGGCCUCCACCCACGGGAACCUGGCCGUGGCCUACCAGGCCUUGGGGGCCCAUGACCGCGCCCUCCAGCACUACCAGAACCACCUGAACAUCGCCAGGGAGCUCCGGGACAUCCAGAGCGAGGCCCGCGCCCUCAGCAACCUGGGCAACUUCCACUGCUCGCGUGGCGAGUACGCGCAGGCCGCCCCUUACUACGAGCAGUACCUGCGGCUCUCGCCCGAGCUGCAGGACAUGGAAGGGGAGGGCAAGGUUUGCCACAACCUUGGCUAUGCCCAUUACUGCCUGGGCAACUACGAGGAGGCGGUCAAGUACUACGAGCAGGACCUGGCCUUGGCCAAAGACCUGCACGACAAGCUGAGCCAAGCCAAGGCCUACUGUAACCUGGGCCUGGCCUUCAAGGCCUUGCGGAACCUCGGCAAGGCCGAGGAGUGUCAGAAGUACCUGCUGUCCCUGGCCCAGUCUUUGAACAACCCCCAGGCUAAAUUCCGAGCCCUGGGGAACCUGGGGGACAUUUUUAUCUGUAAAAAAGAUACCCAUGGUGCAAUCAAAUUCUAUGAGCAGCAGCUGAGCUUGGCCCACCAGGUGAAGGACCGGCGGCUGGAGGCCGGCGCCUACGCGGCCCUGGGCACAGCCUACCGGCUGGUGCAGAAAUACGACAAGGCCCUGGGCUACCACACGCAGGAGCUGGAGGUGUACCAGGAGCUGAGCGACCUGCCGGGUGAGGGCAGAGCGCACGGCCACCUGGCGGCCGUCUACAUGGCACUGGGCAAGUACACCAUGGCCUUCAAGUGCUAUGAGGAGCAGCUGGAGCUGGGCCAGAAGCUGAAGGACCCUGGCGUCGAGGCCCAGGUCUACGGCAACAUGGGCAUCACCAAGAUGAACAUGAAUGUCAUGGAGGAAGCCAUCGGGUACUUUGAGCAGCAGCUGGCCAUGCUGCAGCAGCUUGGUGGGAACGAGGCCGUGCUGGACCGGGGCCGGGCCUACGGCAACCUGGGCGAUUGCUACGAGGCCCUAGGGGACUUUGAGGAAGCCAUCAAGUAUUACGAGCAGUACUUGUCUGUGGCCCAGAGUCUGAAUCGCAUGCAGGACCAGGCCAAGGCUUACCGAGGCCUCGGAAACGGGCACAGGGCCAUGGGGAGUUUGCAGCAAGCGCUCGUGUGCUUUGAGAAGAGGCUGGUGGUGGCCCAUGAGCUCGGGGAGGCCUGCAACAAAGCCCAGGCCUACGGCGAGCUGGGGAGCCUGCACAGCCAGCUGGGAAACUAUGAGCAGGCCAUCUCGUGCCUAGAGCGCCAGCUCAGCCUGGCCAGGGAGAUGAAGGACCGCACCCUGGAGAGCGACGCCGCCUGCGGCCUGGGCGGCGUCUACCAGCAGAUGGGCGAGUAUGACACGGCCCUGCAGUACCACCAGCUGGACCUGCAGAUCGCGGAGGAGACCAACAACCCCACGGGCCAGGGCCGUGCCUACGGCAACCUGGGCCUGACCUACGAGUCCCUGGGCACCUUCGAGAGGGCCGUGGUUUACCAGGAGCAGCACCUCAGCAUCGCCGCCCAGAUGAACGACCUGGUAGCUAAGACCAUGUCCUACAGCAGCCUGGGCCGGACACACCACGCCCUGCAGAACUACUCGCAGGCUGUGAUGUACCUGCAGGAAGGUUUAAGGCUGGCAGAGCAGCUGGGGCGCAGAGAGGAUGAAGCCAAAAUUCGCCACGGUCUUGGCCUCUCCCUUUGGGCCAGCGGAAACCUGGAGGAGUCCCAGCACCAGCUCUACAGAGCAUCGGCCUUGUUUGAAACGAUCCGGCACGAGGUGCAGCUAAGCACCGACUACAAGCUGUCACUGUUUGACCUGCAGACGUCGUCGUACCAGGCCUUGCAGCGGGUGCUGGUCAGUCUAGGCCAUCAUGAUGAAGCCCUGGCCGUGGCAGAGAGGGGCCGGACCAGGGCGUUUGCCGAUCUUCUGGUGGAGCGCCAGACGGGCCAGCAGGACUCUGACCCUUACUCACCAGUGACCAUUGAGCAGAUCUUGGAGGUGGUGAAUGGCCAACGGGGGCUAGUCCUCUACUACUCCCUGGCUGCAGGCUACCUGUACAGCUGGCUGCUGGCCCCUGGGGCAGGAAUUCUCAAGUUUCACGAAUAUUAUCUGGGUGACAACAUGGCAGAAAACUCAAGUGACUUCCAGGAAACGAGCAGCAUGAUUCUCCAGACAGUCACCAGCUCUGCCCUGGAGCAGUACAUCACCAGCGUUCGGGAGGCCUUGGGAGUGGAUUCCUACUAUACCAGAGCCUGUGCAAGCAGUGAGACGGAGAGUGAGGCCGGGGACAUCAUGGACCAGCAGUUUGAGGAGAUGAACAGCAAGUUUGCCUCCGUCUCGGACCCCACCGGCUUCCUGAGGAUGGUCAGCCGGAAUCACCUCUUUAAUCGGAGUUGUCACAGUGUGACCAGUUUGUUCAGUAACACCGUGUCGCCCAUUAAGGAUGGAACAUCCUCUCUUCCCAGAAGGCCCAACUCCCUCACCAAGCCCCCGCUCCGGGCUCUAUACGACCUGCUCAUAGCACCUAUGGAAGGGGGCCUGAUGCACUCCAGUGGACCCGUAGGGCGCCAUCGGCAGCUGGUGCUGGUGCUGGAGGGCGAGCUGUACCUCAUUCCUUUCGCCCUCCUGAAGGGAAGCUCUUCCAACGAGUAUCUGUACGAGCGCUUCACCCUCAUCGCGGUGCCCUCCAUUAGGGCCCUAAGCCCCAACUCCAAGUCUCACCUGAGAAAAAACGCGCCCCCCUACUCCAGCUCCACCUCGAUGGCGGCCGUCAUUGGGAAUCCCAAGCUCCCUUCGGCGGUCAUGGACCGGUGGCUGUGGGGGCCGGUCCCUUCUGCGGAAGAAGAAGCUUACAUGGUGUCGGAGCUGCUCGGCUGCCAGCCUUUGGUGGGCCAAGUGGCCACCAAGGAGAGGGUCAUGAGCGCCCUGAGCCAGGCCGAGUGUGUUCACUUUGCCACCCACAUCUCCUGGAAACUGUCGGCCCUGGUCCUCACGCCCAACGCCGACAGCACCCCCGGGGGCAGCAGGAGCUCCUUCGGGAACCCCUACACGAUUCCCGAGUCCCUGCGGAUGCAGGACGACGCGAGCGAUGCAGAGAGCAUCUCCGACUGCCCGCCCCUGCAGGAGUUCCUGCUCACGGCGGCCGACAUCCUGGACCUGCGGCUGCCGGGGAAGCUCGUGGUUCUGGGCUCCUAUCAGGAGUCCAACAGCAGAGUCACGGCGGACGGGGUCAUUGGCCUGACCCGAGCCUUCCUGGCCGCGGGGGCCCAGUGCGUGCUGGUGUCGCUGUGGCCCGUGCCAGUGGCCGCUUCCAAGAUGCUGAUCCACGCCUUCUAUUCCUCCCUGCUGAACGGGCUGAGGGCCAGCGCGGCCCUGGGCGAGGCCAUGAAAGGGGUGCAGAGCAGCAAGCAGUUCUCUCACCCGUCCAACUGGGCAGGUUUCCUGCUCAUCGGCAGUGACGUGAAGCUGAACAGCCCUUCGUCUCUCAUCGGCCAGGCCCUGACAGAGAUUCUCCAGCACCCAGAGAGGGCCCGAGAUGCCCUACGGGUGUUACUCCAUCUGGUGGAGAAGUCUCUGCAGCGGAUUCAGAACGGGCAGCGCAACUCCAUGUACACCUCCCAGCAGAGCGUGGAGAACAAGGUGGGCGGCAUCCCCGGCUGGCAAGCGCUCCUCACUGCUGUGGGCUUCAGGCUAGACCCUCCGGCCAGCGGGCUGCCCGCAGCUGUCUUCUUUCCAACUUCAGACCCUGGCGAGCGGCUUCAGCAGUGCAGCACCACCAUCCAGUCCCUGCUGGGUUUGCCGGCCCCUGCGCUCCAGGCACUGUGUAAGCUCAUCACUACCUCGGAAGCCGGAGAACAACUCAUUAGCCGGGCUGUUAAAAAUAUGGUUGGAAUGCUCCACCAGGUGUUGGUCCAGCUCCAAGCAGGAGAGAAGGAACAGGACUUUGCCUCGGCUCCAAUCCAGGUCUCCAUCAGUGUCCAGCUCUGGCGGCUCCCGGGCUGUCACGAGUUCCUGGCAGCCUUAGGUUUUGACCUCUGUGAAGUUGGCCAGGAAGAGGUAAUUCUGAAAACUGGCAAACAAGCAAAUCGUCGAACCAUCCACUUUGCUCUCCAGUCUUUGCUGUCUCUCUUUGAUUCCACAGAGCUCCCCAAGCGCCUUAGCCUGGACAGCUCAUCGUCGCUGGAGUCUCUAGCAUCUGCUCAGUCCAUCUCCAACCAGGCUCCCUUGGGGUAUCCAAACCCUCCGUUUUCCCCAACGUGCCCAGAGAGUGUUGCAUCGGAUGCCAUUUCUGUGUACAGUCUGAGCUCCAUCGCCUCUUCCAUGAGUUUUGUUUCCAAGCCUGAGGGUACAUUGGAAGGCGUGGGGUCCCGAGGUCGCCAGGACGGGGACAAGGCCAAGCAGCCCUACUCCCAGCGGCCUUCCGCCCCGAGAAGCCAGCUGUCUCCGCAGACCAGCGCUCCAGCCAGCAAAGAGGAAGAAGAAUACGAAGGAUUUUCCAUCAUCAGCAAUGAGCCUUUGGCCACUUACCAAGAAAACGUAAAAAUGCGAUUUUCGCCAGACCCCAAGCCGUCCCAAGUUGGGACUCCUGGGGGCAUUAAAAUGUCCGUCAGCUCCAAGGGGAGCGUGAGCACCCCCAAUUCUCCUGUGAAAAUGACGCUCAUUCCCAGUCCAAAUUCGCCUUUCCAAAAAGUUGGCAAACUGGCGAGCUCCGAUACCGGGGAGUCUGACCAAUCUAGCACUGAGACCGACAGCACCGUUAAAUCCCAGGAAGAAAACCCCCCCAACCUCGACCCACAGGAGCUGGCCCAGAAAAUCCUGGAGGAGACCCAGAGCCACCUCCUUGCCGUGGAGCGCCUCCAGCGGAGCGGCAGCCAGCUAGCCCCCAGUGCCCAUCCGGAGGAUGGGGCUGCCACCCCGAACAACGGCCCGUGCGCGUUCAGAGCUUCGGAGACGAGCGCGUUCAGCCGGCCCCUCAUCUCCAGCCAGAAGAGCCAGAGGUCGUCCCCGGUGACCGGGAGACCCAAGCCACCCACGAGGAGCUCGUCCCUCCAGAAGGUGAGCUCCGGCUACAACAGCCCGGCCACUUCGGAAACGUCCACCAAGGAAGGUGCCAGUCAGCACAGCGGCCGGCCCUCCCCGAGCACGGACUCCCCCAGCUCGCUAACGGACCAGCCUCACUUUAAGUUAAAGUACCCCAGCUCUCCCUACAGCUCCCACAUUUCAAAGUCCCCGAGGAACAUCUCUCCGAGCUCAGGGCAUCACUCGCCGGCGGGCAGUGCCCCGUCUCCGGCUCUGUCUUACUCCUCCGCAGGCUCGGCCCGCUCCAGCCCGGCCGAUGCCCCCGAUCUCGACAAGCUGAAGAUGUCGGCCAUUGACGAGAAGGUGCAAGCGAUCCACAACCUGAAGAUGUUCUGGCAGAGCACCCCGCAGCCUCCCCCGGGUCCCGUGAAGAUCUUCCGCGGGGCCCCAGGAACCAUGACGUCCAAAAGGGACGUGCUGAAUCUGCUCAAUUUAUCCCCCCGCCACAGCAAAAAGGAGGAGAGCGUGGACAAGCUGGAACUGAAGGAGCUGUCUCUACAGCCGCACUCGGCGUCUCCACCGCCAAACCCUCCCAAUGGACACAGACGCUCGGACACCAGCACUCUGCCCCCCUCCCCCGUGCAGUCCAGCACCCCUCCAGCGCCCAUGCGCCCCCUGAGACUGCCCUCGGGCAAUGGCUACAAGUUCCUCUCUCCCGGGAGGUUUUUCCCUUCCUCCAAAUGUUAAAGAGUCUUUUCUACCAGACAACUCCAGUUCCGGUCCUGUGGAGGGCCUCGGUUCGCUUCCACCUACUUGCCUUGUUCCAGGGGAAGACCAGCCAGUUUGGCUAAAGACGUCAUCAGCUCGGAUGGCGCUGCCGCCGGGCGACCCGCCCGAUCCCCUCAUCCAGCCAAAGCCAGGAUGGACUUGGAGGCCCAUGGAGGGGAUCUUAGGGAAGUCUCCAUCCCCUUCACCAAAUGUUAACCUUUGAACUUGCCGAUUCUCAUCCUUGGUAUGAUUCUGCGGGAGGAUUUUUAUACAGAAAUUGUUCAUGCUCUGGGGUGGGAGGGGAGAGGAAGGGGAGCCCCUAUUUUGCUAAGAGGUAUAUAUAUGCCAUUCUUUUUGUACACAAAUACAGAGAGAUUUUUUUUAAGGCCUCCAGGUGCUGGCUGAAGUGGUAUAUAUACAUUUUUUUCUUAGUCAAAGCCUACAUGAAAGUGUUCUAUUAGCCAAAAAAUAGAAUUAUCGUAAGAAGAUGCCAAUGAUUUGUAAUUAAAUUAUAGAAGUUUGGGUCUCAUAGCCUUGUAAGUUCACAGCAACAAUGCAAUAAUUCAGGUUAAAACUGUGCUUUCACUCUGAACUUUUGUCAGUUACUAACUAUCCCUCAAAACGUCCCUUUGGGCCCCAUUGUCAGCCAAACUUGAAUUUUCUCAAAAUUCAAGAAUCAACCUUAUCCAGGCAUUUUAGAGCUAUGCAAAUAUGAUGAAAAUGCAACUUUUAUGCUUUUCAAAUAUUUGGGGCCUUUUUUGUACUUGGUAACUAGAAACAACUUGGUUUUAUUAGUAGUAAUGAUAACACUUUACAUUUAUACAACACUGUUGUUUUUUAAAGCUCAAAAAGUUUUCUAAAACAUGUCUAAAAUUUCUGAAUACUCAUCAACAAGUAGUAGCCAAGUUUGAAAGAAAAGUGGUUUGAAUCCCUCCAUUUUGUUAGAAGCAAAAGAAAGUUGUUUGGCUCAGUAGGUGUACCCAGAGGAGUGUGGCAUUCUGGGCCCUCCAGGACUCUUGCAUACCCCCUUCCUCCCUGGCCACUUUAAGGCCUCUUCCUUCUAACUCCAAGCCGCCCAGAUUCCAUGCCACCUGUCCAUUGACAGGUUCACGUGUAGACUGGGCUGCCAUGGAAGGCUCUUGUCUCACUCUUUCCCAGGAGAGGUCCCUUGCCACAUGCACAGGGCACUCAUCAGUUUGAAUACCCAUGAGAUGGCACAUCCAUCAGAAUGUAACAGGAAGGAGGAGCAGGAGGGAGAGAUGAGACAAGGCCUUUCUGUAGCUAAGGACGCCGAGCUCCUGGGUCACCAUUGAAGGAGAGAAGAGGUGCCCUACUGAAGGGGAGAUUAGCUAUAGCUUGUACACAUUAGUCGAGAAGAGAAAUGCCCUCAGAUCACCAUGUCAAUGGAGUGUUGAGUUGGAGAAUUUAAAUAUGUGAACCAGUUCAAAUCCCACCAUUGUCAUUCUCUGUGGGCCUUACACAAAAUGUCAGAUGCCAUCACCCCUGACAUAGGCAGAGACCCUUGUGCUAGUUGGAUGGGGGACUCAAGUUGAGAUGGCUGGAUACUUCUCGCACUAAAUCACUUUAUGCCCAUAAACAAGCCACUUAGCCUGACUGUGCCUCAUUUUCUCCAUUGGCCAUAUGGAUGGAAUAAUAUUGGCCUGAUUCAUAUUUUUCACUUUAGGAAGUCUUCAGAAGAAAUGUGUCAGAGAAGUACAAGGUAGAGAGCUAAUCAUUUUAAAUUCUCCUCCUGAACACAAUCCAUGUAAGGUCUUUUUUUGCAUUUAAAAUCAGUGUAGCCAUGUCAAUGAAUGCAAACUCUCCAUCCCCAAAGAUGAAGGCACACGUUUUGGAAGGACUCCAGCAACAGAUGAGGUUGGUGGGGAUGGUUUUCAGUGAUAAAGGAGCACCAGCCAGAGAUAAAAGCCAAAUUGGCAACACUGUGUAUUUGGCCAACAAAAUGAGAUCUAACACACCAGAAAUUAGCCUGGAAGUCAAAAGAGAGAUUGCCGUGUGGGCAUUUUGUCAUAUGGCUGAUUCCCUCACAGUCCUCUUUUUGCCUACUCUUCCCUAAGCCAUGGACCGAGCACCAAAAUAAGGAAUGGUCAUUGCCCCUCCUUGUACAAAAUCUCUCAUCUGAGAAGGGACAGGCCGACUGGGUGAACUCCCAUGACUGCUGCAACUGUUUCCAAUGGAAAUAAAUCCUUGUGAUAACCUAGCCAGCUAAGAGCACUGUUUUUAAGCAUCAUAGCUUAUUUUUGAGGGCAUCGUCUUGGGCGACAGCCCCAUUCGUGUGGACCAGUUUCCUUUUGAGUAGCCGAAAUGGUAUAUGCAACUUUUUGCCCCCGAUGAAAACGUCAGAUGUGAAAUUCAAAGUUGUGAAAGAAGAAUGGGAACAUUUUCAGAUAAUGCCAUAGAAUUGGGGCUACUUGUCUCCCUUCCCAGAAAUUUUGCACUGGUAAAAAUAAGUAAAAAGUUACAAAAUACAGUUGAGUUGCUAAUAUAAAGUAAACUUGGGAUGAAGUAUGCAAUUUAGACAGCGAGAAGAUUUGGCAUUGACAAAGAUGGUUGUGUGUAAAUGAUGAAAGUGAACUCUAUCAGAAUGAUGCAUCAAGUCACAUUUGGGAGUUGGAUUUCCAUUGAUAAUGUGUGACAUUGUCAGACUGUGUACAUGAUUGACCGGCAUUAAUAUGAAUUCUGAACCUACGUUCCCCACGCGGACAGCAGUCCCCUUGCCCCCCCCCUUCCUUGGGGGGAGCAAGUUGAGUGCCACGCGUGACAGGUACCAGAUUUGGGGGGCCAAAUUCACAGAAUUUUAUCUUCCAUUUUGUGGAUCAAGGCAUUGGGAUGGGUUUUUUUGUUUGUUUAAAGCCAGAAAGGUGAAAUGCCCUGCCUGAAAUAUGCUUAUGCCAAUUGCAGUGUCACUGAAUAUAAUAAACAAUGCAGGUCGGCUCCUCCCAGUGACCUUAGCCCAGAGACAAAACAGAGACAGUAAGACUAUUGUCCUUGCUGUUCCACCUUUUGUUUUUUUACAUAUAUCCUGAUUCUAACAAAUAAAGUACCUGGUUACUCUGGUGAUUUUUGAGCAGAGUGAAAACAGUAAGAAUCAGCCUCAAAAAAAUAAAAAUAAAACCCUCCUCAUUUGACCCAGACCAAUGUACCUCAGUGACAGAUUUCUCCCUUCGCCCCUUAAUUUAAUAAAUAGCACACAAUGAAGAUUGUCAGGGUAAAACCAUGGCCCAGGUGCCUCCCCCUAUGAACAGAGACGGAAUCGUCGCUCGUUGUGGGUGGGCCUGCUCUGUCUCCUGUCCGUCUUCCUGUCUAUCCUGUCUAUACAAAGCCCACAGAGAGAACUGUUUCCAGUUCAGGUUGGAGUAAUCAGCAGGAAUGUUUUUCGUAAGUAGGAGAAAUGUGGAAGUGGAAUCCCAUUCAUACCACACUUUGCUGUUUUGUCAAAAGAGACUGUACAUGUGGUUUGUGAACUGAGCCCUUGUUUCUGCCAGAUCCUUCAAAGAUGUUAAACUCAAGGAUGAUCACUGGCCGACCGUAUCCCUUCUCCAGACGUGUCCCCCAGGUAACACCCCUCCUUGUAUGCAGUGUUAGCCAUGUUUGGCCUGCGCGGACUUUUUUUUUUGUAAAUUACACUCUGUGUUUCCAGACAGCAUUAAACUUUUUAUAUUAUGAAAUUUACCAUGUAAAAAGAAUUUCAUAUUUUUAUUGAAAUUGCUAAGGCAUUUGGCCUUCUCCCUUUGUGAUUCCAGUG